AUGGCUUUUCGAUCAAUCUGCAACAAAAUUCUUAUACGAUCUCUUUUUAAAAACCAAAAUUUAAGAAACAAAAGUUCAGUACCGGUACGAAUAGUCGAAGUGGGGCCUAGAGAUGGUUUGCAAAACGAAUCUGUUAAAGUUCAUCCAGAUGUUAAAAUCGAAUUUAUUAAUCAACUAUCCCAAACUGGUUUAAGAACAAUAGAGGUUACAAGUUUUGUAAGUCCAAAAUGGAUACCCCAAAUGGGGGAUAAUGCAGAAGUUUUUUCCGGAAUUAAAAAGGAAACAGGUGUUACAUAUCCAGUAUUAGUGCCAAAUAUACAGGGAUGCAAAUUAGCCUUGAAAGUGGGUGCAGAAGAAGUAGCAAUUUUCAUAGCAGCUUCAGAAGGGUUUUCAAGAAAAAACACCAACUGUACAAUACAAGAAAGUCUGAAUAGGACCAAAGAAGUUAUAGAUUUAGCCAAAGAAAAUAAUAUUAAAGUUAGAGGUUAUGUUUCUUGUGUAAUAGGAUGUCCAUAUGAUGGAAAAGUACCUCCAUCAUCUGUAGCAAAAUUGACAGAAACUUUAUUAACAAUGGGCUGCUACGAAAUAUCACUAGGGGAUACAAUAGGGGUGGGAACUAAAAUAACGGUACAUAAUAUGCUACAAGAUGUUUUAAAAACAACCACAUCUGAUAAAUUAGCUAUCCACUGUCACGAUACUUAUGGUCAAGCUUUAGUAAAUAUUCUUGUAGCUCUUGAACAAGGCAUAACAGUGGUAGACGCGGCAGUUGCUGGUUUAGGGGGUUGUCCAUAUGCCAGAGGCGCUACUGGUAAUGUUGCUACAGAAGAUUUAGUUUAUAUGUUAGAAGGUAUGGGUGUGAAUACAGGAGUCGAUUUGAAAAAGUUAAUUAAAGCAGGGCGGUAUAUCAGUGAUUAUAUCAAAAAAGUACCUGCUUCUAAGGUCAAUAAUGCUUUGCAUUCUAAAUUAAAUUGA